CCUGUCGCUCUCCUCCCACUCGGCGGACGGUCAGACGUUAACAGCCACACAGCGAUCAGUCGUCGUCAGCCAUGUUGUUGCAGUUACACACUGAGCUGUCAGCAACAGGUUACUUUGAGUAACAACAGCUGCUAAACUUUAACAUUUCUCUCACAAAUAUUGCUCUUCGUGGAUAAUAAACCUUCGCAGUGUGUCUGGAAACCCGUCCAGAAGUGGUGGGUGAUAACUUCAGUCCUCCGGAAGCUCGGAAGUGUUUUUCUGGCCGUUGGGAGAGAGGGGAGUCAUGAAGUAUGACAUUCACUGACCUCUGCAGGAGAAUAUACUAUAAACUCAACUGGCUGUGAAAUCAUGAGCGCUCCCACGUCAGGAACCCCAAAUAUGGAGGUGAAGGUGGUCUCCCAGGAGAUGGCAUUGCUUAGCAACAUACUGGCAGCUUACACCUUCAUUGCAGACCAACCCGAGAGGACAGCCUUGGUGUUUCUGGGCGGUGUCUGUGUCGGCCUUCUUGUCACACUCUGCGCCAUCGUCUUCCAGAUACACUGUCGAGCAGACUGUCACUAUGGCAACAGUAAGCACCAUCGCCAGAGGAUCCGGCGUCAUCACCAUCAACAUCACAGCUGUCCCGUCCAUCAGCCCAUUGACAGUAACCCAGACAGCACUGCUGUCGUUGCCUCUGGAGGGCCCGGGCCAGCUGGGGACAGCGAAUCAGAGGAUUUUGAUGACACGUCUGACCUGUCGGCACGGAGACGCAGACGCUUCGAGAGAGCUCUGCUGCACGCCACCAUGUUCACAUCAGCUGAGGAGCUGGACCGGGCCCAGAGGCUAGAAGAGCGGGAAAGGAUUCUCAGAGAGAUCUGGAUGAACGGACAGCCAGACAUCAGUACAGUCACUCAAAGCCUCAACAGAUAUUACUGAUGCAUUAUCAAACAGACAGAUAUGAAGAUAGAGCGGCGAGCAGAUGGAUAAAUAGUGAAUAAAUUGGUAAAGAAAUGAAAGAAACACUGGAUGAAAUCAACACAAACCACCAAAGAGACUCUUACAGAACGAUUGAUCCAGCCGGGAGCCGCUCUGUAAACAACAACGUGUGAGUUGUGAUGCUCAGUCCUCCAGCGAAGGAUGACACUGAAGUGUUUGGAAGAAGAAUGUCAACAAGUAAAGACACAGCGGACCCACAGAGCACGCACUGCGACAUGUAACUGCUGUUGGUGAGAACUGUACAAAAGGGUUUUAUAAUAUUUAAAAAUGUUAACAGAUGCUUUUGGGAAACAUGGAGCGUGUAUAGAACGAGCUGUUCAUGAGUGUAUGGAUUCAGAUACAGAGCUGCAUCGACUGGUCGACUAAUCGAUUAUUUCAUUGAUAGAAAAAUAAUCGCUAAACUAUUUUGAUUAUCGAUUAAUUGUUUAAGUAAUUUUUCAUGUGUUGAUUUCCUGCUUUUCUCUGUUUUGUAUCAUAUUAAACUGAAUAUCUUUGGACUGACAAAACGAAACAUUUAAAGACAUCACCUUGGACUUGGAUAUUUUUUCAUUAUCUUCUGGCAUUUUGUAGACCAAAAGAUUAUUGGUUUGAAAACAUGGAAACUAAAUCUGUUCAGAUGGGUCACAUUUUUGUUACAGGCGACAGAAAGAGCCGAGCGGAGGUGCAGACAGAAGGUUUUUUUUAUAUUUCCCCCGACAUUAAUCGAUUAAUCUAGAAAAUAAUCGGUAGAUUCAUCGAUAAUAAAAAAUUAUCGUUAGUUGCAGCCAUGUUCAAAUAUUGAUGAUAUUGUGUUGCACUUUUCUCAGCUCACCCUUAUUUUUGGUAUGAAAACUCAAUGCCAAGAUACAUUUGCACACACGGGUGCUUUUACUGCUGUAAUUCCCCAGAUAAAGAGGAUUAUUAUAGGAAGACAUUAAAUGGUGGUUAGUAAAGUAUGUAAGGUCUACCUGGCUGCAUUGGGAGUCUUUAUCAGCCACAGGUGUUGUUGCAUACGGGGCAGCAGGUCAUCAUGUUUGAGAGGAUCAUCAAGCCUUUCUGUCUUUGGCUCAUUCCAGGAAUUUAUGAAAGCUGUUUUCUGUACAUAUUGUUGAGUAAAGUCCCUUUAUUAAAUUGAAAUAUCAUGGC